AUGGCGCCUUCAGCUGGGCACCUGCUGCUCCCCAAGAUAUGGAGGGCAGCCAGGUUUGCCUAUGAGAAGGCCUCGAGGGCCCUCCGAGCCAAAUUACCGGAGCCUACCCAAUCUUCUCUCCGACACCAGCCAGCGUAUGCCCGAGUCAGCCGCCACCCCAUCCCUCGCGCGGCUGCUAUCCGUCAAGCCCGCAGCCGCCACUUCUCGACCCGUGCUGCUUUCGUCUCUGCCAUCCGAUCGGGCCUGCAAGCAGACACUGCUGUGUACAAGUCGACCCGCAUCGCUACGAAUGUCAGCCGGCUGACCAGCCAAGCGCCUUUCGCCUCAACUCUCCGUCCCAAUUUGACCGGCGGCGCUCUUGGCCGCACCGCAGGCGGAUAUGCUGUCGGUGCAGGCCGAUUUGGCGGAGCGCGUUACUUCUCCCAUGGUCCUGCUGCUCCCGCACAGGUGAUCCAGAAUGUGUCCCAGGGCGUACGUGCUUUCUUCCUGUCUGGCCAAAAGGUCCGGUUCGAUGGAAUCGACCCUCGCACCGGCGACAAGCGGUACAAGGCCGUUAGCAGCUUGCAAGACCAGGCAGAGCGGCAGAUGCUCGAUGUUCCAUACUACACCGCUGGCUCGCACCUCGACUUCAAGAUUGCUCCCGUUAUCGCUUCCCUCGACUCGAAGAAGAUUAUCCCCGGCACCAGCAAGACCCUCAACACGGAGGGCUUCAUGGACCUUCUAUCUGGUGACUUUGCUCGCUCUCUUCAGAACUUUGCGGCGACCAUCAACGAUCUCAAAAAACUUUCAAAACUGGGCGAUCUGCCAAUUACCCUCCUCAAGAACUCAACUAUCCGCAUCCGCUUCCCUGGCUGCGACGCGGACACCGUGGCGCGCCUGUGUGACGAAGUCGGCGUCCACCGCGGUAUAAUUGUCGAAGACGCAGACUUUGAACUGUGCACUGGCUCCGAGCUGGCACUGCUUUUUCCCUUCGCACCCAGCGUGGCGCCACCGUGUGGCCCCGAGCCGGCACUGCGGUUUCCCUUUGCACCAAGCGCGGCACGACCGUCUGACCCCAAGCGACCUAAGUCUCAGUCACCCAAUGCCCUCGACUGGAAAAGCAUGAUGUCCCCUGAGCCUCACACUCCGUCUUCUGGCAACGUCCGUGAAUUGGAGAUUAGUUUUGAAGACAACGAGCUGUUUGGCCGCAACCCGUGGAAUUCCUCGGCGUCCACCUUCUCCCGCAUCAGCAUGAGUGAAUUGGGAGAUCGUGCCUACUUCCCUGAUUUCUCUGUCAUUAGCACCUCAGAGAGCGGUGAUUCCGAGGGCGUCCAGGGGAUCCACCGAUUCUUGGAGGAAUGCAAUCAGGCGGCUCGUGGAGAAGCUACUUUCCUUUAA